AUGGAGGUCGACGGCGGGCCGUCUGCGCCCAGUGAGGGGCCGCGGCACAGGAUGAUCAUUCGCGAGAUGCACCUGGAGAACUUCAAGUCGUACGCGGGCCUGCAGAAGAUCGGUCCGUUCCACAAGAGCUUCAGUGCUGUGGUGGGCCCCAACGGCAGCGGGAAGUCGAACGUCAUCGACUCGCUGCUCUUCGUUUUCGGAUGGAGGGCGCACAAGCUUCGCCUGCGGAAGGUGUCGGAGCUGAUCCACAACUCCUCGAGCCACCCGGACCUCGACUACGCGAGGGUCUCGGUCUACUUCCAGGACAUCGUCGACACCGGGGAGGACACGUACGACCUCGUGGAGGGCACCGAGCUGUGCAUCGCCCGCCAGGCCAACCGGGACAACACGUCGUCGUACUACAUCAACGGCAAGCGGGCGGACCUGAAGGAGGUUCAGGCGCGCCUGAAGGCCAAGGGCGUCGACCUGGCGAACAACCGCUUUUUGAUCCUCCAGGGCGAGGUAGAACAGAUUUCCCUGAUGAAGCCGAAGGGCAAGGAUGAGAACGACACGGGCCUCCUGGAGUACCUCGAGGAGAUCAUCGGCACGAGCGAGCUCGUGGCGCCGAUCGCGGACAAGGCGCGGGAGCUGGAGGAGUCGAGCGAGCGCCGCGCGGGGGUGUUGAAGCGGGUCCGACACGCCGAGGGCGAGCUCGGGGCGCUCGAGGGGGCCAAGGACGAGGCCGAGGCGUACCUGGCGAAGGACGGCGAGCUGAAGCGGUGGCAGGCGACGCACUGCCAGCUGGUGCUGCGGCAGGUGCGCGCGGGGCUGGCGCAGGUCGCGGAGAGCCGCGCGGCGGCGACGGAGCGGCUCGCGCACGAGAAGGAGAAGGCGCGGGCGUUCGAGGACGCGCUGAAGGAGGCCGAGGGGCGCUUCGCGGCGAUGGAGGGGGAGUACAAGGUCCUGUGCCAGGAGGUCGACGCCGUGGUGGGGGAGUUCCGCGAGUACGAGAAGCAGGACGUCAAGUACCGCGAGGACAUGCGGCACCUCAAGAGCCGCAAGAAGGCCGCGGGGCAGAAGCUCGAGAAGGCCCAGCAGAAGGCCGAGUCCCUCCGCCGCGAGACGGCGCGCUGCCGGGAGGAGGCGCCGCGGCUGGAGGAGCGCGCGGGCGAGCUGGAGGCGCAGCUCGAGCGCGACCAGAAGAAGCUCGACAUCCUGAUGGACGAGUGCCGCGCGGAGAUCCAGGCCAUCAAGGCGGAGCUGGUGGCGGCGCGCGAGCGCCUGGCGCCGUACGAGGCGCAGCGCGCGGAGCUCGAGAGCGACCUCGGCGUGGACGGGCGCGCCGCGGCGGACGCGCUCGCGGCGGAGCUCGCCGGGGCGGAGGGGGAGCUGGCGCGCGCGCGCAAGGCCGGCGAGCGCGCGGGCGCGGAGGAGCGGCGGCUGCAGGGCGCGGUGAACGAGGCGCGCGGGCGGCUGGAGGAGCGCCGGGCAACGGCGCGCGAGGCGCAGGGGCGGUCGCGCGUGGCCGCGGCGGUCGAGAUGCUCCGGCGGUCCGGGCAGGUCCGCGGGAUCUACGGCCGGCUGGGCGACCUCGGGAGCAUCGACGCGAAGUACGACGUGGCCGUGUCGACGGCGUGCGGGGGGCUGGACUGGGUGGUGGUCGACACGGCCGAGACGGCGCAGCGGUGCGUGGAGUACCUGCGGAAGCACAACAUCGGCGUCGCGACCUUCCUGAUCCUCGAGAAGCAGCGCCACCUGACCAAGGCGGCCGGGGAGCGCGUGGAGACCCCCGAGGGGGUCCCGCGGCUGUACGACCUGGUGCACGUGUCGGCGCCGGAGCUCCGGCCGGCGUUCUACUACGCCCUGCGCGACACGAUCGUCACGGAGACGCUCGACCAGGCCGCGCGGAUCGCCUACGCGCCGGGCAACAAGCGGUUCCGCCGCGCCGUGACGCUCGGGGGGGAGCUCAUCGCUGACUCCGGCGCCAUGACGGGCGGCGGCGCGAAGCCGCGCGGCGGACGGAUGGCCCUGGGCGACCGCCCGCCCGCCGCGCCGGACGCCGCGUCGGACGCCGCCGCCGAGAGGGAGGCGCGGAAGCUGGAGGGGGCGCUAGCGGAGGCGACCGAGGCGCUGCGGGCGGCCCGGGAGGAGAUCGACGCGGCGGCGGCGGCGGCGCGGCAGGCCGAGGACGCGGCGGCGGCGGCGCUGGCGGAGGCCGAGGCGGGCGUGCGGGAGCGCGCGGGCGACGCGAAGCGCGCCGCGGUGCUCGAGAAGGAGUGCGCGCGGCUCGAGGCGGCGCUCGCGAAGCUCGCGCGGGACAACGCGGGCCUGACGGCGGAGGCGGAGCGUCUGCAGAAGGCGCUCGACGACGUGGCGGGCGGGUCGGUCCGGCGGCAGCGCGACCGCGUCGAGAACCUCGCGCGCGACAUCGACGAGGCGCGCGCGGCGGCGAUCAAGGCGAAGGCGCAGGCGGCGACGCAGGAGAAGCAGCUGGGGCGCGCGGCGGCGGAGGCCGAGAAGCUGGCCGCGGAGGUCGCGCGGUGCGAGGAGGAGCUCCGCGAGCGCAAGGCCGCGCAGGAGGAGCUCGAGCGCGCGGCGACGGAGGUGAUGCAGCGCAUGAACGAGGCGAAGGCGCUCAAGGAGCGCCGCUUCGAGGAGCUGGAGGAGUUGCGGGGGGAGUUCGGGUCCAAGGAGCGCGAGGCGCGGACGGUGCGCAAGGUCGCCGCGGAGCUCAAGAGCAAGCUCGAGGAGCUCGCGGACCGGGAGAAGGAGGAGCAGCGCAAGGAGCGCCACUGGGCCAAGGAGCUGCGCAGCGUGCAGGCCGCGCGCACAGCGGCGGUCGCGGGCGGCGGGACGGGCGAGGACGAGGGCGUCGAGCCGCCGCUGCUCUCGGACGACGAGCUCGACGGGCUCAAGGUCGACGAGGUGCAGUACCGCGUGGUGGUCCUCGAGGGGGAGUUGGCCGACAUGCAGCCCGACAUGGGGGCGAUCGCGGCGUACCGGGCGCGCGAGGCGGACUACCGCGGGCGCAUCGCGGAGCUCGAGGCCGCCACGCGCGAGCGCGACGCGGCGCGCGGCGCGCACGACGCCCUGCGGAAGCGCCGCCUCGACGAGUUCAUGGCGGGCUUCAACGUGAUCACGCUGAAGCUCAAGGAGAUGUACCAGAUGAUCACGCUGGGCGGAGACGCGGAGCUGGAGCUCGUGGACUCGUGCGACCCGUUCAGCGAGGGCAUCGUGUUCAGCGUGCGCCCGCCGAAGAAGAGCUGGAAGAACAUCGCCAACCUGAGCGGCGGGGAGAAGACGCUGUCGUCGCUGGCGCUCGUGUUCGCGCUGCACCACUACCGCCCGACGCCGCUGUACGUCAUGGACGAGAUCGACGCGGCGCUGGACUUCAAGAACGUGUCGAUCGUGGGGCACUAUAUCAAGGAGCGCACCAAGGACGCGCAGUUCGUCAUCAUCUCGCUGCGCAACAACAUGUUCGAGCUCGCGGACCGGCUGGUCGGCAUCUACAAGACGGACGACGCCACGAAGAGCGUGACCAUCGACCCGCGCGCGUUUGCUGUGGGCGCACCUGCGCCGGAGCGCGAUGUGGCGGCGGCGGGCGAGGAGGCGGUGGCGCCGCGGCCGGAGGGGCUCGCGGCGUGA